UACUGGAAAUAGGAAGAUAUAACUUUAGAAAGUUUUAAUCUACAAAACAGUUUAAGUGUUUGUUUUAUGCCGACUUCUGUUUAUUCUUACAAUAUGAGUAGAAAUUCUGACAAUACAAGAAUAUAUAGAGUUAAAACUCGUGGAUCGGCUUUAAGUACUCAGUUAAAAGGCAGGGAUUAUAAGGGAAAAAGGAACGUAACAAGCUUUGUUUCAGAUGAUACUGAAUUGCAAUUGCAGCAUGGAGAAUCAGUCAUUCAUCCACAGAUAUUGAAACAAGCCCGACGAAGUGGACAGCUGAAUUUGUCAAACAGGGGCAUGGUUGAAGUUCCCAACAUUGUAUGGAACAUUAACAAGAUCACCCCUGAGGAAGGACAGCAGUUGUCACUCGUUAUGGAUGAAACUGAUGGACAGAGAUGGUGGGACCAAGUUGUCUUGAACAAACUUAUUCUGGCCUCAAAUAAGUUGUCCACAAUUUCAUCAGAGAUCUCAAAUCUUGUGGAUCUCACUGUACUUGAUGUACAUGAUAAUCAGCUGACUUCUCUCCCUGACACUCUGGGUGAUUUACUGGCUCUGACCAAAUUAAGUUUAGGGCAUAAUCAUCUUCAAACUUUACCCAAGAACAUCUUUUAUCUUAAGGAGUUGCAUUCUUUGUUUUUACAAUACAACCAGAUUGAAGUUUUAGAGGAAGAUAUUGGCCAGCUGACACUUCUGGAGCAUCUGGAUCUUUCAUAUAAUCGGUUAAGGAGCAUACCAUACACAUUAGGGUACCUCACUCAUUUGUGGAAGUUGAAUUUAUCAAAUAACAAGCUGAAGUUCUUGCCUCCUGAAGUUGGCAACAUGUGUGCCCUACGAUGUCUGGAUAUCACUCAUAAUGCUCUCACUAAAUUACCUGAUGAAAUUGGUAGUUUAUCUAAAUUGGAACAGCUGUUUGUGCGUCACAAUCAGUUGGUGUGUCUUCCUUUCCUCAAGAGUUGUACUUCUCUAAAGGAACUACAAGCAGGAAACAACAGAAUUACUGAAGUGCCACAAGAAUUGCUGGAAACAAUAAAAAGUGUAAAGAUUUUGGAUCUUCGAGACAACAAAAUUUCUACCCUGCCCGAAGAAAUAACAAUUUUGCAAGAGCUUGAGCGUUUGGACCUCAGUAAUAACUCUCUUUCUAGUAUCCCUUAUUCCAUGGGUACCAUGUCACAUCUGAAAUCCCUACUGGUUGAAGGCAACCCAAUGAGGAGUAUUCGAAGGGAUGUUUUACAACAAGGAACUGUUCACUUAUUGAGAUGGCUGAGGAGCAGAAUGGAAGAUAACUUAUCUACCGGAAACAGUGAUAGACUUUCUAGUGCUCAUCAGGAAAUUGGAAUAGAUAAGCAUGCUCUUCAUGUUAUGCACACUCUUGAUCUCAGUGGCAAAGUUUUAAACAACAUUCCAGAGGAGCUUGUGAAGAAAGCUGCCGAAGAAGAAGUAACAUCAAUAAAUCUUAGCAAAAAUGCUUUAACUGAUAUUUCACCAUGUUUAGAUAUUCUGGCAUCAAAAGUGUCAGAACUAAAUCUAGCCUUCAACAAGUUUUCAUCAUUGCCUCAACUUGUUGGGAAUUUCUCAAAACUUUUGUACCUAGACUUGAGAAAUAACCAGCUAGGUGACUUGCCCCUGGAAUUGUCAAAGUUAUCAACAUUGAGAGAGUUAUACUUGUGUAACAAUAGAUUUGAGAAGAUCCCAACUGUGGUUUUCACUUUUGAUAAGCUGGAGAUCCUGUUUGCAUCAGACAACAGGAUCACGUCCAUCAAUGUUUUGGGGCUUACCAAACUUCCUAUUCUUACUGUAUUAGAUCUUCGUAAUAACAACAUCACAAACGUUCCUCCAGAGCUUGGAAACUUAAGACAGCUAAGGUCUUUAGUUUUAGAAGGAAACCCAUUUCGUAACCCUCGUCCCGCCAUUCUUGCAAAAGGAACUCCUGCUCUUCUCAACUACUUGAGAGACAGAAUUCCAUGCUGAGAAGAUAUGUUCCUAUUUUUUUCUUGUUAAAAUAUCAGCUUCUGGUUUAAAUUAUAUAAGACUUGUACUUGGUGUAUUUAUAAUUUUCUAAGUCAUUAGCAUGUUAUUUAGCCCUCUGCUUGAUUUGUAUCAUUAAGAACAUUGUAACUUUCUGUUUAGAAAAUAAAUAUGUUUGGUAUUCACUGCAUAAACUUGUUUUUCAGUGCAAUCUUCUGACUCUUUAACCACAGUUUUUCAUAAGGUAAUGAAAUUAUUGAUUAACAUUCAUAUCAUGAAGAACUUUGGUUAAGGAGGCAGAAAGUAGCAUUUAAAAACAAGUGUAUAUAGUGAAUGUCCAAUAUCUUUGUUUUUUCUAAUAAGGUUAUCUACAUAGUGAGCCUAAAACAACAGUUGUAACUUUCAGAUUACUUACUGCUCACUAGUUGAGUUUAGUACUGAGACUGUGAAAAGGCUUUGGUAAUGAAGUUUGGAGGUUCUCAACAGUCUGAACAAGAAAAGAAAAUGUGUGUGAUUACUUAAUUUUUUUUGAAGUAACAGUUUUUGAUCCCUAUUUUACUGUUUACUUGCUAGAUUUUGUACUGUUCUUACUAUACAUAAGUUUAUAUAUAUUAACCAUAAGGUGUUUAAAUUGUACUUAAUUUUAUGAUUAUGUUUUUGUAUUAUUAUGCUCACUAGAAUAAAAAAAAAUUAAAAUAAAGUGUAAAAUCAAAGGUCAUAUUCUUCAUGGUACAUGGAAAAGAUUUUUAGUAUUUAAAUUGGUGAGGUUUCCUAAAGCAUUUACCUUGUUUCUAAUGUUCACAGUGUUAGCUAUCCAGCUUAGUCCAAAAAAUUACACAUUAAGAUAGAAAGUAUGACAUUAGUCUACCAGGAUGAUCAUUAGAAUAGUAUUUAAGCAAAACUGUUAUCACCUUUUUUAAUUCUAAUGACUUUUUAUUGUUUUACCUAUCAUUUUCAGAUUUUUUAAAAGUGAUCUAUAAAUAGCAUUAGUAACAAAUACUAAUUUUUAGUUUUAUAUCCACUUAUUUAGCAGAUUUGGAAUUUAUUAAUACAUGAAGAAAAGAUGUUGGAAAAUUUCUUGCAAAUAUUAAUAAUUUUGAAAACUUUAAGAGUGAUAUUGGUUAUGGGAAUAAAAUUAUCACACAUACAGUUGUUUAGGGUAAUAAAUGUACCUUUUUCACUACAUUUUAACCCAGAUCACAUUUAGAUGACAAAAAAGUGUUGUUGGGUAAUUUCUUUAUUGGAUUUUAUUGUAUUAAGAGUGCAACUUACUAAUGAAAUAACUUUCUGAUGAAAUUUAGGUGAAUGGACAGCACAUGCUCCUGUUUUUGUUUUUUGAUGAUGAUGAGACUAACUGCAUAAAGCAUUUUUGUGAAAUGGUUUGAUAUAUUUUUGUAAUGUAUAUAAAGGUUGUUCAAUGUCAUAAGGAGUGCUAAGUUAAUACAUGGUUUGCACAAGUUAGAGCUUACUACUUAUGUAAUAUAAGUUGAUCAAAAACGUUAAAAAAAAGAGAGAAAAGUGUGUUUUAAAAGUCAUUUGAAAUUGAUAUUUAUAGAUCACAGUUUUAAUACACCUUAUUAAAAGAAAAUUGCUACUGAUUUUGAUUUUAGAAAAGUUUGGAGCAAAGUGUGUUUCGUUUAUGUUUUUAGGCCUCAUGUUUUUCUUACUAGAGAUUUGUUUUAGCUUUUCUGCUACUUUACAUAAUUAUUUUCUAAAUAUUAACUAAAUUUGGCUUUUAAAAGUGGAUUAUAUUCAGCUCAGAAAAAUGCACAUUAAUAUUUACUUUGUUGUAUGUCUUAGAAAUGAAGGUUUCCUAAACAUGGGUUAGUAAUGGCUUGUAGAAGUAAAAUAUAUAUAUCAGAAAAAUUUUAAAUAAUUUUUGAAACUACAUAAAAAAACAUGUAAUUUGUUAAUUUUUUCUAAUAAUUUAAAAUGAUGGGAAUUAAAUGCUAGUUUUACAUGAAACAUAUUAGUCAUUAUUUACAAUCUGAAAUAAUGUUUUGGUUGGUAAACCUAAAUCGGUGAAACAUUUAGAUAAAAUGAAACUUUGAAAUUAGUAUUACACAACAGCUUAAAGAGUUAUGUUUAUUUCUGGGAUUUUACUUUUUUCUAAAUGUUUAAUGAAAAACAAAACUAUUUACAGAAAAUAAAGCUGAAACAUUUGGAAAAAA